GGAGCGGAGAAAGAAAAAGGGAUGGGGAUGCUGCUCUGCUGCAUUCUGGGAUAGACGCAGCUCCGUCGGCCGCGCAGCCUCCUGGGAGUUGUAGUCGCGAUCCUGAGGCAACUGGUAAUUUAAAAAAUCCAUUUUAAUGUUAAUUCUACACCAUGGAUAGCACAAAGGAGAAGAAUGACAAUUACAAAGAUGAUCUUCUGCUUAGGAUGGGACUUAAUGAUAAUAAAGCUGGGAUGGAAGGAUUAGAUAAAGAGAAAAUAAACAAAAUUAUAAUGGAAGCCACAAAGGCUGACAGAUUUGCAAUGGAACUAGAACAGAACCGGGAUCUGAACAAUACCAUAGUACAUGUUGACAUGGAUGCUUUCUAUGCAGCUGUAGAAAUGAGGGACAAUCCAGAACUAAAGGAUAAGCCCAUUGCUGUAGGAUCAUCAAGUAUGUUGACUACUUCAAAUUACCAUGCAAGGAGGUUUGGAGUUCGUGCAGCCAUGCCAGGAUUUAUUGCUAAAAGACUCUGCCCACAACUUAUUAUAAUACCCCCAAACUUUGAUAAAUAUCGAGCUGUGAGUAGAGAGGUUAAGGAAAUACUUGCUGAUUAUGAUCCUAAUUUUAUGGCCAUGAGUCUUGAUGAAGCCUACUUGAAUAUAACAAAGCACUUACAGGAAAGACAAAAUUGGCCCGAGGACAAAAGAAAGUAUUUCAUCAAAACAGAAGAGUCUGUAGAAAAUGAUAAACCAGGAAAGGAAGAUAAUAAACUGAGUGAGCAUGAACGAUCCAUCUCUCCACUGCUUUUUGAAGAUAGUCCUCCUGAUUUGCAGACCCCAGGAAAUACUUCUCAAGUGAACGCUGAAGAACGAAAUAAUCCUCAAAUACUCCAAAACUCAGUUGUUUUUGGUACAUCAGCUGAGGAAGUGGUAAAGGAAAUUCGUUUCAGAAUCGAGCAAAAAACAACACUGACAGCCAGUGCAGGCAUUGCCCCAAAUACAAUGUUAGCAAAAGUGUGCAGUGAUAAGAAUAAACCGAAUGGACAAUACCAAAUUCUUCCCAACAGACAAGCUGUGAUGGACUUCAUCAAGGACUUACCCAUUAGAAAGGUUUCUGGAAUAGGAAAAGUUACAGAGAAAAUGUUAAAGGCCCUUGGAAUUAUUACUUGUACAGAGCUUUACCAACAGAGGGCAUUACUUUCUCUUCUUUUCUCUGAAACAUCUUGGCAUUAUUUCCUUCAUAUUUCCCUGGGUCUAGGGUCAACACACCUGGCAAGGGAUGCAGAGAGGAAAAGCAUGAGUGUUGAAAGGACAUUCAGUGAGAUAAGUAAAGCAGAAGAACAAUACAGCUUGUGCCAGGAACUUUGCAGUGAACUUGCUCAGGAUCUGCAGAAAGAAGGACUUAAGGGUAGAACUGUUACUAUUAAGCUGAAGAAUGUGAAUUUUGAAGUAAAAACUCGUGCAUAUACAGUUUCAUCUGUCGUUUCUACUGCAGAAGAAAUAUUUGCUAUUGCUAAAGAAUUGCUAAAAACAGAAAUUGAUGCUGAUUUUCCACAUCCCUUGAGAUUAAGACUGAUGGGUGUGCGGCUAUCUAGUUUUCCCAAUGAAGAAGACAAGAAACACCAACAAAGGAGCAUUAUUGAUUUCUUACAGGCUGGAAACCAAACACUGUCUGCCACUGGGUGUAUAGAGAAAACUGACAAAGAUCAGUUUUUAAAACCUCUAGAAAUGUCUCAUAAGAAGAGUUUCUUUGAUAAAAAACGAUCAGAAAGGAAAUGGAGCCACCAAGACACAUUGAAGUGUGAAACUGUGAAUAGACAAAGUUUACAGACAUCACAAUCAUUCCAAGUUUUAAAGAGGAAGAUGAAUGAGAAUUUAGAAACACCAGAGAAUUCAGAUAAGGGUCAGAUAUUUACCUGCCCUGUUUGCUUUAGGGAGCAAGGAAGCAUCAGUCUGGAAGCCUUUAAUAAACAUGUAGAUGCAUGUCUUGAUGGACCUUUGAUCAGUGAAAUGUUCUCAUGUUCACGUGCUUCCUCUACAGAAGUUAACAAGAAAGAAAAUGUACAUUAUUCUUUUUCACUCUGUGAGAAGCGGGAUUAUGAAACCCAUCAGAAGAACAUAGAAAUUACUUCAGUAGAUUGUGCAGAGUUGCUAGAAACUGUAGGUAAUUCAUCUAAAGCAGAAAGUGUAGACACUUUAAGCAGUAGCCACAGCAAAGAGGAAUGUUCUAGUCUUCCAAGCAAAUCGGUUAAUAUCGAACACUAUCAUCAGAAUUAUUUUUGUGCUGUUUCACUGGAAAAUGAAGAUGUUGAGUCAUUGAGAAUGCGAGAACCUCUCCAGCCUUAUUUACGUGAAGCAACAACAGACCAAGCUCUAGUUUGUCCUGUUUGUAACCUAGAACAAAAGACUUCAGAUCUUACCCUUUUCAAUGUGCAUGUGGAUAUUUGCCUAAAUAAAGGCAUUAUCCAGGAACUGAGAGAGGAUAGAGUUAAUCCAGUUAACCAAACCAAAGAAAGCACCAAAAGUACUGCUAACUCAGGCAGAGUACAGAAGACUGUAACAAAAACAAAAAGAUCAGGACUGAUGACAAAGCACUCAGCAUCAAAGAAAAUAAAACCAAACAAUCCAAGACACACCCUUGAUAUAUUUUUUAAAUGAACACUGAAUAUUUUAUCUUUAAUUUUUAAUUGAAACUUAUUCUUUAUAAUCAAUGAACCUAUUCUUCCUCAUUUUAAUUUUACAGAUUCAUUUAGUGAAAGGCCACUGCAGUAAUCCCUCCGCAAUGAUAUAUCCCUUAGAUAAAUUUGGAAUAUAUACUAAUUUACUUCCUUAUACCUUUUUAAUGACCAUAAGAAUUUCACUUUCUGUUAGAAAUAUUUUUAAAAUGAGAAAAUAGGAAUGGGAUCAAAAAGUGAUUUCUUUCUUUAGUUUUAUAGUGAAUAUAAAAAUAUGUAUUUAUAAAGGCUUCCAGAGGUUCACACAAACCUAUUUUAGCAUAAGAAUUUUUCAAUACUUAAUCAUUUUGUUGGUGCUGGUCUGCUAUAUUUGAUCUGAGUAUCUUCAGCAACUUUGUAUAUUCAUAUUUUAGUUCCUACUAUCUUUAGAUACCUCACAAACAUUCAUAAUUAAUAUUUAUGAUACAUUCUAUGAAGAAUAUUAGUUUAGCAGAACUAGCAUGAGUGGUUUUGUUACCUUUAGGAAAAUAAUGCCACAGUAUUAUUUUUUGUGUUCAAAGAAUUUUGCUUAAAUGUGAUUAUUCAUUUGAUUUUUUUUUUAAUUUAAAAUUUCUUUAUCUUAUGAAUAAGCACUUGGUUCACUUUAAAAAUUUUUAGUCUAAGAUGCAAGGUAAUUAUUUUUUUUCUGGGACUUUCAAAUGGCAGUAUUUUAUUUCUUGGCAGUUAAUGUUUGAACUCUACACAAAUGUAUAAAAAUGUAUAAAUUGUACACUCUAAAUUUGUAUAACCUUCUAGAGAAAAAUGUGUAAUUCAGAAGAUUAAGGCAUAUCUUAGUUAUAUUUAUCUUAUAUUUCUUUCAUGUUUUUAUUAAUAUUCAUGAAAGGGGACAGCUUAACAGUAGGUAGUUAGCUUAAGUAUUUGCUCCAGAUAUUUUUGUGCUAUCGAUAAGAGUUUUUAUCAGAAACAAUUAUUUAAGUGAAACAUGAAAAUGGAAGCCAUUUUGUGACUGCUUUAAAGAACCAAACCUUUUAUACUCUUACAUUUUUGUUUUCUCUUUUCCUACUUUUCAAGUUGAAGUAUAAUUGACAUACAACAUUAUAUUAGUUGCAGGUUAUAAUAUAAUGAUUUAAUAUUUAUAUACCUACUUUUCAAGGCAAUAAUAUUGUAGGAAUAAUUUAAAUUAGGAUCUUGCACAGCCUUGGCCAAAGUGACAACUUGAUUUUAGAUUACUAGAUGGUUUAAUAUUAGGCUUAAAGUUUAUUAGCAUGCCAAUAUCAUGCCUAAUAUUAUUAUAUAUUAAGGCAAAAACAGUUGUGCUAUGGUUCUUGAUUAUGUAAUUUACUUAUAUAAAUUCUGUACAAGAUUAAGUUCAAUGAAAUACUCAUUUUAAUGUAUUGAAAAAAUAGCAUAUUUGAUUUUAUAUCUUGCCUCAAGUUUUUUGGUGUGUUUUCAGCAAUAAAUACUAAAUUAUUUUCAUUUAGAUGAUUCAUUUAAUUUAAUGUUAUCAUUUAGUCAUAUUUAAUAAUAAUUUAAAAUAAAAUUUAAAAUAUUUAGUUGAUCUUUUAGCCAUAGAAAUGGUUUCCUUCCUUUUCUACCCUUUUCCCACCUCUGGUGCUUUUACUCUUGUUUUCUUUGCCUAACAUUCUUUCCACAUCUUUUUCUUUCUGUUUUAUUUAAUACAUCCGACUCAUUUUCUUUUUAUUAUAAUAAUUUUCUUUGGGGCAUUUUUAGAAAAUAUAGCAAAACUACAAAGAAUAAGCACCUAUAACCUUACCUAUUUAGAGUAUCAGAAUAUAAGGAACCAACCACCUGGGAAAACAUAUUUGUAACAAAUACCUGAAAAAAAAAAAACUAGUAUCGAGAGUAUAUAAUCCAAAAUAUAUAGAU